CAAGGUUCUAACUUCCUUGCUUUUUCUCCUAAUAGUGGCUCUCAUCACGCAUGAUUUUACUCCAAGAUGCCUGCAAUUCACUAAGGUACCUCAUUUUCUCACCAUGCAUAAGUAUGAGGUUGGCAUCUUGGAAGAAGACAAUAAUUGUUGCCGUCAAGAUUUGUAAAAACUAAGCAAGUAUAAUGGGUGCCUGUGUAUCAACACCAUCUAAUGGAAUUAAAUCAAGGAGGAAGCACCGUCACAGGUCAAGAAAAUACCAAGGAAAGCUUUCCCAUUCAAUGCCUGAUGGAACCAGGAAAAGGAACAGUGAUGCAGGUGCUUGUAUGACGGAUUUUGCUGUUAGUGAGUUUGUUCAUACAACCACCACCUGCAGAAGAUCUGAGGUUUCCAAUUCGACAUUCCAUCUCACUCAGGUGCAAUGGCACCAUAGUCAAAUUGAUGCGAAUGUAAUUUGCCAAGAGGAAUCAUGGUUUGACACACUCAGCAUUUUGGAGUCUGACUCAGAUGAUGAGUUCAGCAGUGUGCAUGGGGACUUUUUUCCGAACGUUUCAAGUGGACAAGUGCUUCAGUAUGAAACUUCAUCAUGCUUUGUGGAUAGCAAGUGUAAGUACAAAGAAUACCAUGAAAGAUAUUUGAAAAUAGAUAGUGGAAAAACAGAGAAGAUCGUGAACAAAGAUGGAUUCAAGGAACCAAAUGGAUUUGCACUCAUGAGUAAGCAGGGCUAUGAGCUUUCAUGCUUGGGAAGGGGUGAAGAGUAUUUCUCCAAGAGAAACAAAAAGUUGGACCGUUCUUAUAGAAGCUUCAAUGCUGUAAAAGGGGAUGGACAUGAUUCUGAAGAGAAAACUCAAGAGAACAUUGAAGAAACUGGCUUACCUCGGUUGUUUCCUUCUGUGAGUUUCAAUGACAAGAUUAUUAAUGCUUCAAGUUUAGGUCCCCAAUCUCAAAGAAAGAAAUCAGCAGUUAUCAGGCUUUCUUUAGUGAGAAAAUCGGUAGAUGGAGAAGAAACCAAUGAAUUCUGUACAUCGAAAAAAUUCUAUUACCGCCCAAGAGCAGGACUCAUAAUUCCAUGUUGUACCAAAGAGAAGCCCACUCCCAUUAGUUGGUCUGAGAUUGAACCCUCAAGAUUUAAGCUUCGGGGCGAUAACUAUUUUAAAGAUAACAAGAAACUCCCUGCUCCAAAUUGCUGUCCUUAUACUCCAGUAGGUGUUGACUUAUUUGUGUGCCCAAGAAAAGUUAAUAACAUUGCUGAACACCUUGAGCUUCCUUCUGUAAAAGCAGAUGGGAAAGUGCCUCCACUCCUCAUUGUCAACAUUCAGUUGCCUACUUAUCCUGCUCCAAUGUUCCUUGGUGAUAGCGAUGGAGAGGGUUUGAGCCUUGUACUAUAUUUCAAACUUUCUGAGAAUUUUGAGGAAGACAUCUCUCCCCAGUUUCAGAAUAGCAUUAAGAGAUUGAUAGAGGAUGAAAUGGAAAAGGUUAAAGGAUUCACGAAAGAGUCCACAGUUCCUUUCAGAGAAAGGUUAAAGUUAAUGGUUGGGGUGGAUAAUCCGGAUGAUUUUGUAUUGAGUUCGGCUGAAAGAAAGCUUUUGCAUGCUUAUAACGACAAACCUGUCCUUUCGCGCCCUCAACACAAUUUUUAUCAGGGACCCAAUUACUUUGAGAUUGACCUUGACAUUCAUCGGUUCAGCUACAUAGCAAGAAAGGGAUUGGAAGCAUUCCGGGAGCGUCUGAAAGCUGGAAUACUGGAUUUGGGUUUAACAAUUCAGGCACAGAAGCCUGAAGAACUGCCAGAGAAAGUGCUUUGCUGCAUGAGGCUGAACAAGAUUGACUUUGUUAAUCAUGGCCAAAUACCAACAAUUGUGGCUCUUCCUGAUGACUGAUUCCGACGACAACGGAAUCCAUUGCCUGGCAUUUGCUGUUGUUGACAUCUGCGUGAGGAGAAUCCAUAUAGCCAUGUACACAUCUCAUAACUUUAUGAAAGGAAGAAAGACCUGUUUUUCCAACAUGGCAUUAGUAAAAUUUCCUUUCACGUUGACCCAAUAAUGUUGUCAACAAAAAUGUUCUUGUAUUUAUAUGUAUCAUGUAUAGUAAUUUUUAUGUUGCUAUAAAAGAAAUGGAAAGUAAGAAUGAUGUAUUUUUUAUGCUCGGUAUGGA